AUGAGUGGUGCCGGGAUGAUCAUCCUGGAGCCCCACGGCGGGUUCAUCGGCACCAUCCCCGCCGGGGCGACGCCGUACCCGCACCGGAGCGGCGUGCUCUACAACAUCCAGUACAUCACGUUCUGGUCGUCGGGCAACGAACAAGGCGCCGCGGCGACGACCUGGAUCAGCAGCUUCUACGACUACAUGGAGCAAUACGUGAGCAACAACCCGAGGGAGACGUACGUGAACUACCGGGACCUGGAUAUCGGCGAGAACGUGGUGGUCAACGACGUCAGCACGUUUGACAGCGGCAGGGUGUGGGGAGAGAAGUACUUCGCCGGCAACUUUCAGAGGCUCGCCGCGGUGGAAGGGGCAGUGGAUCCGACGGACUACUUCCGGAACGACCAGAGCAUUCCGCCGCAACAGAGCACGGCAAGCAAGCGUCGUUCCGGGAAGCGGUCGGAUUGA